AUAAAAAAAGAGAUCCGAACCUUGUCAAACCGAACCGUCCAUCUACGACCUCCCAGUGCCUACUAUCCAGGCCUCAUUCUCUUUCUGGAAAGGUGCACACACACACGCACGAACACACACAAGUUUCAUACAGGGGGGCAAAUGAGCUAUUGAUUACCGAGAGACUACCCGGGGUUAGGCGAACUAGGUAUUUUUGGCGACUGUCCUUGUGACGUACACAUAACAGACAGGUCACAAUUCAGUAAAAAAAAAAAAAAAAAUAAAGACCCAAAAAAGACGAUAGUAUUUUUUGAAUGUGGAACGUGGGCAAUGUUCGACAAACCUCGGGCUCACUGCUGACAAUACAAUGGCCGACAACUCGCGGUCGCCAACCGCAUCUAGCAACAAAUCGAGGACCGUUCGAUCCCAGAAGAUUGCCUCGCCUUCUACCGAUGGCUCCGACGUAAACGAGGCUUCAGACCGAGUUAACCCUCCUGGCCGAAGCCAUACCCCAGGCCAUCUUGCAUCUAAAAGUCAGGGCAGCUCUGCAGCAAACAGACGCAAACCCUCAGAGCCCUCAAUACGAGCACGUUCGCAAUCCGUCGUUGCCAAGUCCGCCUUCGCUCCACCUCCGCCGCCGCCAACUCAGACACCUAUACCUACUCUUACGCUUCGACGCCAUGGGGAUUACAAUAACCCCGUUCCAACAGAUCCGCAGGCCGGAUCAGCCUCUAACCAAGAUGCCGAUGCGCGUCGCCCCGCAACUAUGCGCUCUACUUCCGCCAUAGCGGGUCGCACCACCACCCUCAGUUCAGCCUCGGGGGGAGGGCCUCGUAAGUCGUCUGCCCCUCCGCGGCCGCGGGGACCCCACGUCCCCUUUCCACCCUUACAAGACCCAAAGACCGCACCCGAUGUGCCCGCCGCGCCAUCGUCUGGCAUGUACUGGUCGCGAGCGCCUGUAUCUGGGGCAUCCCACACGCCACUUCGCGCACAUACCACGACGCUGUUAGGGAGCAACGUGUAUGUAUUUGGGGGCUGCGACUCGCGCGCCUGUUUCAAUGAGCUGUACGUCUUAGAUGCAGACUCGUUUCAUUGGAGCAGUCCGCACGUAUCUGGCGACAUCCCUGUGCCCCUGCGCGCUAUGACAUGUACAGCUGUGGGUAAGAAGUUGGUGGUUUUUGGGGGUGGCGAUGGCCCCGCCUACUACAACGACGUGUAUGUGCUAGAUACGGUCAACUUCCGAUGGCACCGGCCGCGAAUCGUGGGAGACCGAGUGCCAAGCGCACGGCGGGCGCACACCGCUUGCUUGUACAAGAAUGGUAUUUACAUGUUUGGCGGCGGCGACGGGGUGCGCGCUCUCAAUGACAUCUGGCGGCUGGACGUGACGGAUGUUCAUAAAAUGAGCUGGAAGCUGGUAUCAGGACCCUCGGCACCAUCAAGUUCUGGAAGCGGUAGCACACCAGUCAAAGACACUAGUCGGCCCAAAGCGCGAGGUUAUCAUACAGCCAACAUGGUAGGCAGCAAGUUGAUCAUCUACGGAGGUUCAGAUGGCGGCGAGUGCUUUAACGACGUAUGGGUGUACGACGUCGAUACACACGUCUGGAAAACGGUGCUGAUUCCGGUAACCUUCCGGCGGUUAUCGCAUACCUCAACUAUCGUGGGCUCAUAUCUUUUCAUCAUUGGUGGACACGACGGUAACGAGUACUCGAACGACGUGCUUCUGCUCAACUUGGUCACUAUGACCUGGGACAAACGAAAAGUCUAUGGGCUACCGCCUAGCGGCCGCGGAUACCACGGCACCAUACUAUACGACAGCCGACUCCUUGUGGUCGGUGGCUUUGAUGGCAGUGAAGUUUUUAGCGAUGUCUGGAUUUUGGACCUGGCUGUUCAUGCGUAUUACUCGCAGAUCAGCCAUUUCAGUAUCGAGGUCUAGCCUCACCCAGGGAUGGACUCUUAUCUAGGGAUUAUUAUAUUUAUAUCUAGGACAGACCAUCUACAUCUUACAUGACUUAUCUAUAUCUAUCACGCACAAACUUUUGGACAUAAUGGAAGAUAGCGGGAGGUUCAUGUUGCUUUUUUUUUAAACAGCGUAAUGACAGAUACGGGACUUUCUAGGUGGAAUGGAGGGAGGUGUUAAACGGGG